CUCACGGAGCGCGCAUUCGUCUACGAACGAGCAAAGUGACAAUACGCUCCUCGUACAGUCGCUCCUGAAACUUCACACGCGAAACUCUUAGCGGUUUAAUUGCAAAAUAAUAACUUAAUAUGAAUACUAAGUAAUAUAUAAGAAAAUAAUAAUAUGUGUAAUAGAAUCUUUAGUGAUAUAUGUGGUUAAACAAUUCCAAUUCUAAGUGUUGCUUUAAGCCAUGAAAAACAGUAAAAAAAAAACAGUGUAAAACGAGAGAAUAAGUGGUAAAAAUAACGUGAAGUGAUCUAGUUAAUCAAAUAUACUGAAAUAAUUUGAUUACCGGCAAGGUUAAAAAAUCAGUAAAUGCGCAAUGUCAACUUUGGAAGCAGGAGCAAGCGUGUUAAUCGUUUUACAAAUAAACGGCAAGGCGGUUGUCUUGCUGUGUGCUACUUGUAUGCCUAGUCGUUAGCGAAACGAGGCUGGGAAUCGUUGGAGAAAGAACAAAGAAAUCGUAAUAACCUCAAACUCAUCACCAAUACCUGUCAAAAUGGACACCAGCGCGACCAGCUCUACACAAGAUGAUGAUUCAGAUUGGGCAACAAAUGCGACAAUACAUGAAUAUUUGGGACACAAUGCCACAAAUGAUAUAUAUGACAAACUAUACGACGUUCCCACGGGUUUGAUCGUAUUGCUGUCAUGCUUAUAUGGAUCGAUCUCAGUGUUGGCAGUUGUUGGAAAUUUUCUCGUCAUGUGGAUAGUCGGCACAUCACGCCGAAUGCAAAGUGUCACGAAUUGUUAUAUAGCUAAUUUAGCCUUAGCUGAUAUUGUCAUAGGAUUAUUUGCUGUACCAUUCCAAUUUCAAGCUGCGUUACUCCAGCGGUGGCUGUUACCACAUUUCAUGUGCGCAUUCUGUCCUUUCGUACAAGCACUUAGUGUAAACGUCAGCGUGUUUACUCUGACUGCAAUUGCCGUUGAUCGACAUCGGGCUAUAAUUACUCCAUUGAGCGCACAUACGUCCAAGCGAGUUGCCAAGGUGAUCAUAGUGUUGAUAUGGGUGCUGGCCUUAUCGCUAGCUGCACCUAUGGCUAUGUCGUGGGAAGUGAUCAUGGUCGAAGAACAAGAGCCGGUUUCCAAGCUAUUCUAUGAGAAACCAUUUUGUGAGCCAACGGAAUUCGGAUCUCAUUCUUUAGCUAUAUACAGACUGUUAUUGUAUAUUUUUCAAUAUAUCAUUCCACUAUUCGUGAUAACAUUCGCCUACGCACACAUGGCGAUGAAGUUAUGGGGUGCGCGUGCACCUGGCAACGCGCAAGAAAUUCGUGAUGCAAAUCAAAUGAAAAACAAGAAGAAGGUUAUAAAAAUGCUAGUUUUAGUGGUAGCAUUGUUCGCACUCUGCUGGCUGCCUCUACAGAGCUAUAUGCUGCUUCAGUCAUUUUUUCCUUCAAUAAAUGAGUACAGAUAUAUAAAUGUGAUUUUCUUCUGCUUUGACUGGCUUGCAAUGAGUAAUUCCUGUUACAAUCCUUUCAUUUACGCCAUAUAUAACGAAAAGUUCAAAAAGGAAUUCAAACAAAGAUUUACAUUUAGACAAAAACGUAAUAGAUUCACGAAUGAUAGUUAUGAGGAUGGACAGUCAUACAGAACUCGAAUUUUGUCAAUAAGAUCAACAAAUGAAAGAAGCAUUUACUCAACGAGGAAAUCAAUAAACAUAACGCCAGUUGACUCUCUAAAGGCCGCUAAAAAUCAAUGUCAAUGUGUAAAAAAUCAAACAAGAGAUAAUCAAAAGGAAAAUCCAUGUAGAGGGUUAAAAUCAGAAGAGUUCACGAUGAUUAAAAACGGAUGCCAACACGACAACCGCAUUAAAGACAUUUCUAGAAGAUCUCGAUUCGGUGACAGCGAUUUACCGAUUGGGGACGAAAGAGUCAGCGAAUUGUAUAUAUUUCCAAAUAGCAGUAUAGUAGAAUUCACGGAUGUGCUAUGUGAUAAUAAAGUGUAAAUAUUAUAUUUAAAUAUCUAAAAUAAGUAUUUAUUGAAAUGUUAAAGGUAUCUUUUGAUGUAAAGGAGUAUGUUGAUUUAUUAUAUAAAAUUGUUUUUUUUUUUUAUUACUGGCAAUUUAAUUCUAAUAAUAAGACUUAUAAAUUAAAUUUAAAAUUUUUGUUUGUGAUAAUAUCUCGUUCAUGUAUUUUAUUGCUUCCAAAAAUUUUACGGUAUAAUUUGUAUUUUAUU